GCGGCAGCUACGUAAAGUAAUCGGAAAUCUCUUUCCUUCUCGUUGUGACGACUAUCUCACUAGCGCUAGUUGAUAAAUCACACUCGCAUUUUUUUCAAUAUUUUCAAACAUUCGUCUGCGAUUUCUUGCUCAGUCGGUGGACUUUUAUUUUUGUAGUAGAAUUUAGUACAAUGGAUUCAGCUUUACGUGAACAAGUAAUGAUAAAUCAAUUCGUAGUAGCCGCAGGAUGUGCACGAGAACAAGCAAAACAGUUGCUCCAAGCCGCCCACUGGCAAUUUGAGACUGCACUUUCAAUAUUCUUUCAAGAAGUGGCCAUCCCAUCAGGAGCUAAUGGCAUAGCCGCUCCACACUAUCGCCAGCAACUAAUGACACCAUGCAAUACGCCGGCGACGCCGCCGAACUUCCCCGACGCCCUUGCGGCGUUCUCACGGUUGUCGACGACGGGGAGCCCUAACAACGCUAGCAGCAGCACCGGUGGAGCGGCCCCACCGGUCUCACCCCUCGCCACACACCCUCCACCACCGCUACCACCGCAAAUGCAAAUGAAUUCAUUUUCUGGUGCCCCAAACCCUCAAAGCACUAACUACUCAUCGCUUUCCUGCUCAACUGCAGUUAGUAUUCCUACUAAUAUAAACAACACAUUACGAAACAUACAUUAGAUACAUAUUAAAUUAUUCAUAUUGAUCAACGUCACUUAUUUCUAAACUACGUUCUGUCCUUUACAUUUUGACACACACUUUUAUUGUUAACUAUUGUAGAUGUACUUGCCUAAGCAGUCGUAACUGGUU